GAGGAGCGGCUGUAUAGAAAUAGGUUACCCUGCCCAAUUCUACAUGGGUGCUGGGAAUAUCACUAAGAUCCUCAUGCUUGCGCUCAAAUAUUUUACUCACUGAGCCGUUUCCGCAAACCCACUUCUUACAUAGAGGUUGCAUCUCAGCGAGGGGUGCUUUCAAUGGACGGAAAGGAGUGGGUGCCGCCAAACAGGAGGUAGACAUUGGCUGGGCAAGCUCAAAUAGUACUUGUAGCAGUGAAAUCUUCAAGGAGCUAUGUAUCCUAGUACUUAGACUGAGGCACAGGUGUUGACGUUUUGGGUUCAUCUUGUGCUACAUAGCCAGCACCAGGCUAGCCAGGGCUACAUAGCAAGACCUUAUCUCAUGAAACGUGAGGAAAGCAGGAGGGUUGGAGGGUGGGCCAGUGGGGAGAGCGCUUGCUGUAGAGGCAGGAGUACCUGAGUUUGCAUCUCAUGCCCACAGUGAAGGGACUGUAGCCAACCCAUGCCUGGUAAACCUGGCUCUGGGAGGCCUUGCCUCUUGACAUUCCCUCUGCCUUGCUAAAAACUGUUAGAUUACAUUCUGAAGCUAGCCCCUGAGGUUUAUUUCCUUAUCUGGCCACUUCCACCUCCUGAGGCUAAUAACCAAGAUAACAGUUAUCACAGUAUUGAAGUCCAGCAAUCAGAAGCCCCCUGUAGCUCAUCUAAUUAACAUAACCAAUCAAAUUAAACGCCUCAUCCUAACAUGGCUUCCUCCUUUACCUUUAUAAACCUCCAUUUUCCUAGGGACCAACUCUGUCCCUUUCUGUCUAGAGAAAGUCCUCUGUUCUCCAAGGUAAAUCAUCCCUUUCCCCUCUCCCUGUUCCAUUCCUCUUCUACUUCGGCCUCCAUCUUCUGUGUUUGUAUCUCUUUAUUCCAUGCCCUCUGUCCCUCUGGAGCAAAUAAAUCUCCUUUGUGCUGAUUUGUUCUCAGGGUAUCUUGAGCUGACUCCAAGGUUCUCUACACACGAAAAAGCAGGGCACUGUGGCACGUUCUGGCAACCUUGGUGGGUCCCAGAAUGACUAGCCAGUCCAUGGAAAUGCUGACCCUUAGAUUUCAGGGAGAGGCCUUUUCUCAAAAAAAAAAAAAAAAAAAAAAAAAAAGGUGGGGGGGUCAGAUAGUUUAGCAGAAUUUGAUAAUCAGAAUCCACACAGAGAAUUGAUGCCAUGAAUGCUAGAAGACAUCCGACACCAACCACUAAACACAUCUGGAUCCUUCCACCGUCUCUGUCCCGACACAGGGAAGAGGGCCAGCCUUGCAUCUGCCUGUUGGAAUUUAAUGGCAGGUUCUGGAAGAUCUAGUUUGAGUCAUGGGGUCAGACAAUGAUAAUCCCCUGUGCCUCCCGCUGAUUGUGUCUGCCCACAUUAUGUGUAUGUCUUGUUCCUGAGAGCUAGGCAGAGGCCUCCUGUCUUCUGGCCUGUAACUUGUGAGGGUGGCCUGGCAGAGUUGGGAAUUGUGCCACUGUGAGAUGGCACAUGGAAGGGGGAGGCAGGGGAGUUGAUCCUUGCUUUUACAUGUGUAGCAUCCCUUGAGCGAUGCCUCAGAAGGACUCUCCAAGGCUACCCUAGGUGACAGGAACCGGAUGUGGGUAUUACUCUCUUUGCUUUAAAAUGUCACCACUGGAUAUCAGUGAAAUUUCCCGAGUUCAUUUUCUUUAAGAUUUUAAUUUAUGUAGUGUGUGUGGCAGGGGAUGUUGUGUAUUGAGUACUCAAGGAAGCCAGAAGAGGAUAUUGGAUCCUCCAGCUGGAGUUACAAGUGGUUUUGAGCCACCCAGUGUGGGUGCUAGGAAUUGAACUUCUACAAGAACUGCUGAGCAAUCUCUCUCCGCUAAGGAUACCAUUUCUGUCAGAUUAUGUAAAUUGGGAUUUUUUCCCCCCUCUCCAGUACUGGAGACACUCUAGCAAACAGUACAGAGCUACAGCCCUAGGCUAAGGAGGGCAACAAAAUUUCUUUUUGAAACAUAGUUUCAUGUAACCCCGGCUGGCCUUGAGUGCCCUGUGUAGCUGAGAAUAACUUUGAACUCUGAUUCUCCCUCCUGAGACCCCCCAAGUGCUGAGAUUGCUGGCGAGUAUCAAUAUGCCUAGGUAUAUGGUGCUAGAGACUGGAUUCAGAGAAUUAUGCCAGAAAAGCGCCCAGCCAAUUGAGCUAUCUCGACAGCCGGAGACUUGUUUUUUUAUUUAUUUAACUUUUUCCUUAGGACGAGAGAGUGUUUGGUGAGCAUACAGGACCAAUAGCCAUAGAAAGGAUCUUGUUCUCUGGUCAUCUCCUACAUGUACCUGGUUCAGGAUGAAUUUGGGACCUCUGUCUUAUACUUUCUGUAUAGGAAGACUUAAUGCCGGCUCCCUUUUCUACAGAACCUCCUACUGUAUGAGGUUCUUCUCUGUCCUCCAUACCCACCCCUUGAACACACACACACACACACACACACACACACACACACACACACACACACACACGAUGCUGACAGGGGUAGGCUGCCCAGAGACCUUCACUGUUUUGUUUCCCUCUGCCCUAAGCAAGUAGCUGACCGUGUCCUGGGAGAGUGAUGUCUUAGCUUGAAUUCUACGCCCCCGUGAGACUUGAAUCUGGCCUUUGUGAUAAUGAUACCUUAGAAAAGGAAGCCAGAGACAGACAGAGUAGGCUGGCAGCCCUGUGCCAGGCUCCAGUCAUAGAUGUCACCCUGAGAGUUUUCCUGUGUAGGGAUUCUCAUGCUUCCAGACAUUCCAGAAUACUCUUCCUUCUCUGGGCCCAGAUUUCUUAUGUCUACUUCAGAUUCUAGGCUCUAAUCGCUAUCUGAACGUUCAGGUGUCCUGGCACAUGCCUCCAGGGCUCAGUAGCCUUCAGCCUGGCCACUCCCUAACCCCUGAGGCCCUUAACUAGAACACAGCCACGUUCCAGCUUGCUUUCCCCCAGCCGGCUUUUCCGGUUAGAGAUUGGAGGUGGUGCCCAGAGCACCCCUGUAGGGGGGCACACCCCGGAAGUCUUGAGCCUAAGGAUACUCUGGUGGCAGGGUGGAGGUGAGAGCCCAGCUAGAGUAAAGAAGUACCAGAAUGAAUGUCACAGGCUUCCUCCUUCAGAGGCAGGCAGCCAGAGGAGGAGACCGGAGGACAGCUGUCCUGUGUUUUUACCCUCACGGGUUCUGAGAAGGCAGGCAGUGAGAGAUAAAACAGCGCUUUGGAGACGGGGAAACACUGUGAGAUUGGGAAAGAGACAGGAUGAUCCCAGUGGCGGAGUUCAAGCAGUUCACGGAGCAGCAGCCUGCGUUCAAGGUGCUCAAACCCUGGUGGGAUGUUUUGGCUGAGUACCUCACUGUGGCUAUGCUCAUGAUUGGGGUGUUCGGGUGCACCCUCCAGGUGACACAGGACAAGAUCAUCUGCCUGCCCAGCCAUGAAUCUCGUGAGAACUCAUCAGAGGCUCCUUGCCAGCAGCUGUUGCCUCAAGGGAUCUCUGAGCAGAUUGGAGGCCUACGAGAGCUCAGCGGCCUCAAGAAUAACCUAGACCUCCAGCAAUACAGCUUUAUUAACCAGCUCUGCUAUGAGACUGCCCUCCACUGGUACGCCAAGUACUUCCCCUACCUGGUGGUCAUUCAUACUCUUAUCUUUAUGGUCUGUACCAGCUUUUGGUUCAAAUUCCCUGGUACCAGCUCCAAAAUAGAACACUUCAUCUCUAUCCUGGGCAAGUGUUUCGACUCUCCGUGGACCACUCGGGCCUUGUCUGAGGUGUCUGGAGAAAAUCACAAGGGCCCAGCUGCUGGACGGGCCACGGUGACCACAGUAACCACGGUGGGGACAGGGACAGGGAAGGUGGGCGAGGGUGAGAAGGAGAAAGUGCUGAUAGAGCCUGAGAAGGUGGUGACUGAACCCCCAGCUGUAACCCUGCUGGAUAAGAAGGAGGGCGAACAAGCUAAGGCCCUAUUUGAGAAGGUCAAAAAGUUCCGAGUGCACGUGGAAGAGGGUGACAUCCUCUACUCCAUGUACAUCCGGCAGACGGUGCUCAAAGUGUGUAAGUUUUUUGCCAUCCUGGUUUACAACCUGGUCUAUGUGGAGAAGAUCAGCUUUCUGGUGGCCUGUAGGGUGGAGACAUCAGAGAUCACAGGCUACGCCAGUUUCUGCUGCAACCACACCAAGGCCCACCUCUUUUCUAAGCUGGCCUUCUGCUACAUCUCCUUCGUGUGUGUCUAUGGCAUCACCUGCCUGUACACGCUCUACUGGCUCUUCCACAGGCCCCUUAAAGAGUACUCCUUCCGUUCUGUGCGGGAGGAGACAGGGAUGAAUGAUAUCCCGGAUGUUAGGAAUGACUUCGCCUUCAUGCUCCACCUCAUUGACCAGUAUGACUCCCUCUAUUCUAAACGGUUUGCAGUCUUCCUCUCUGAAGUCAGUGAAAGCCGCCUUAAGCAGCUCAACCUCAACCACGAGUGGACACCUGAUAAGCUGAGGCAGAAGCUGCAGCGUAACGCACGCGGUCGGCUGGAGCUGAGCCUCUGUAUGCUCCCUGGGCUUCCGGACACUGUCUUUGAGCUCAGUGAGGUAGAGGCGCUCAGACUGGAGGCCAUCUGCGACAUCUCCUUUCCACCAGGGCUAUCCCAGCUCGUGAACCUUCAGGAGCUCAGCCUGCUUCACUCACCAGCCAGGCUGCCCUUCUCUUCACAGAUCUUCCUGCGAGACCGGCUGAAAGUGAUCUGUGUCAAGUUUGAGGAGCUCCGCGAGGUACCCCUCUGGGUGUUUGGGCUCCGAGGCUUGGAAGAACUACACCUGGAAGGACUCUUCCCCCCAGAAAUGGCUCGGGGUGCCACCCUCGAGAGCCUCCGGGAGCUUAAACAGCUCAAGGUACUGUCUCUUCGUAGCAAUGCAGGGAAGGUGCCAGCCAGCGUGACCGAUGUAGCCGGGCACCUUCAGCGACUCAGCCUGCACAAUGAUGGCGCUCGUCUGCUCGCCUUAAACAGCCUCAAGAAGCUGGCGGUGUUACGGGAGCUGGAGCUGGUGGCCUGUGGGCUGGAACGUAUCCCCCAUGCAAUCUUCAGCCUGGGGGCUCUGCAGGAACUCGACCUUAAGGACAACCACCUCCGGUCUAUUGAGGAGAUCCUCAGCUUCCAGCACUGUCGGAAGCUGGUCAUUCUCAGGCUGUGGCACAACCAGAUAGCCUAUGUGCCUGAGCAUGUGAGGAAGCUCCGAAGCCUGGAGCAGCUCUACCUCAGUCACAACAAGCUUGAGACUCUGCCUGCCCAGCUUGGCCAGUGCUUUGGCCUCCGCCUGCUGGAUGUGUCCCACAACGGGCUUCGUUCCCUGCCACCUGAGUUGGGUCUUCUCCAGAGUCUCCAGCAUCUAGCCCUCUCCUACAACGCACUUGAGAGCCUGCCUGAUGAACUGUUCUUCUGCCAUAAGCUGCGGACAUUACUCUUGGGCUACAACCACCUGACUCAGUUUUCGCCCCACGUGGCUGCCCUUCAGGCCCUCAGCCGUCUGGAGCUCAAGGGUAACAGGUUGGAGGCACUGCCAGAAGAACUCGGUGACUGCAAGGGGCUGAAAAAGUCAGGGCUCCUGGUGGAGGACACCCUUUAUGAGGGGCUGCCUGCAGAGGUUCGGGAGAAAAUGGAAGAGGAAUGAAGCCUCUUGGGGAACGGGGCAGGAUGACAGAGAGGCCUUUAUGUUUCUGCCCCAACGUUGUAUUACAAGGGAGCUGGGUCCAGCAGGAGUGGGAGGCAGGCCAGACAUGUCGGUUUUGUGCAGCUCAGACGAGAUCCUGGGACUGGUUUGUCUGGGGGAGAAACAGGAGGUGGUGGAUUUGGGGUGUAACGCCUUAGGGAAGGAUUAACUCAGUCCUAGGUUCUUCAACCAAAACCACACCUGUGUCUUUGGCUGGUUGGCUCUUCCUCUAAACAUUCCAGCUUAGUUAGUUUCCUAUACAAGAGUGGGGGACACAUCCCAAUGGGAUUUCCAACCCUUCCAGCAACGAUCAACAUAUAUUUAAGGAGAGGACACAGGGUCCACUUCCGAAGUUCUGUAUCCCAACUUUAAUGCCAAGUCCUUAUGUUAUAAGCUCUUUGUCACAGGGAUGGGUACUUAGAACAAUGGUUCUCACAUGUGGCUAUGUAAUUAAAUCAGCAGAAGGGCCCGGAAGAAAAUAAAACCUUUACACGAUUCCCACCCCA